AUGGAAGAUCCUAACAUGCUUGCUGCAGAUUGCAUUGUCAUAACAUGUUGCUGCCAAUGCAUGAUCCUGCAAAUCCUCGUCUUCGUCUUGCUCAAACUUCCUUACAAAUUAGUCAAAAAGACAAAGGAAUACACGAAACGAUUCAGAAACCAAAAGAGACGAGAGAAGAUUGUGAAGAUGGAAAUGAGAAGGUAUGGAGAAGACAGCUUCAGAAGUCAUGGGAACUCCUUUCGAAUUCAAAUCGAUAAAUCCAUUGGUUCUAACUGUUGCAUGGAUGAAAUUGAGAAUGUUUUGGAGGACUUUUCAAAUAGUGGGGAGUUUGCUUUUGGCAGCUUUUGGGGUGGAGAGAUUUCAAGGAGAUUUUCUACUUCAUGUUUUAAUGAAGAAGAACUUGAUUAUGAUGUUGUUCAGUGUCAUUUAAUUGAAAUAUUUGGCUCUGUAAAUUUGCCCUAG